UGGGAACGUCAAAUGAACUUCCCAGUCGCUUGGACAUUACUGGAUAUUUCCCUGUAAUUAAGAAGAAGAGGUUCAGGAAGGAUGAAUAGCUUCUGCGUCGGCUGUCUGAAAAGUCUGGUGGUGUCUCUCCACUUCCUCUGCUGGCUGUGUGGAGCCUUCGUGGUGGCCUUCGGAGAAUUCCAGAUGAUGCACUCCAAUUUCGCCUCUCUGGUCACCACCUUCUGGCCCAUCUACCCGGCAAACACGAUCGUAGUGACCGGUACCAUCGUCACCUGCGUUUGUUACCUGGGAGUGCUGGGAGGCAUGAAGGAGAACCGCUGCAUGGUCGUCACUUUUUAUGUCCUGCUGUUCAUCCUGAUGCUGGUGGAGCUGGCCAUGGCCUGUGUGUUCUUCGUCUACAGCAGAGAGAUCGACACAUACUUUGAGAAGGACCUGACCCGCAGCUUGGAGAUCUACAUGGAGUCUGGACCAGAGGGGAACAAAACCAUUAAGGAGGAUUUUGAUGCCGUCCAGUACCUGUUUAAGUGCUGUGGAGUUCACGGCCCAGAUGACUGGAAGGGCAAAGCUCCACUGUCCUGCUGCAUCAAGGAUCCCUGCAGCAUCGCUGACCAGCCCAACUGGCAGGAGGGCUGCCUGGUGAAACUCAGGGACUGGUUUGCUUCAAACUACCGCAGCACUGCGUCUGGAGUGGUCACCAUGUUCAUAAUUCAGGUUGUGUGCCUGAGUGUCUCCGUCCCUCUGUUCUGCCACUUCAGGCGAAGAGGACUGGGUUACAAGUGAGAAAACACUUUGUGGACCGACUUAGGAAAUCGUUCACGUCAACAAGGUCACCUGGAUCCUAUUAAAGUGCUGCCUGUCACCCAGAAAAAUUAUAUGAUAGUGGAAUGAUAGUGUAGUUUUAAUUAUUGGUUUUGAGUUUCCAGCAUGGUCCAUAAUACAAAUGUCAUCAUUUGCUGAUUUAAAAAGCUCUUCUGAAAUGUAGCAGCUCUUCAUGCUGAAGCACAAAAUUAUAUUCAUGAUAUUCAUAGCGAAGUCUCAGGUUUCAACAAAGACUUUGCUAAGGUCAGUAUAAUUUUCAGAUCAUGAAUUAUUGCAGUAUAAAUCAAAUCUUACUGAACAAAGCUCCCUAUGAGAAGAGUUUUUUUUUAUUAAAAAAAAAAUUCAACAUGCACUGUUCCAAGAUACACAGCAGAUUUUCUAAACAUUUUAUGCAUUGCAGUGAUCAGUGAACAAGUCUGUUUGAAAGUUAAUCUUCAUGUACAGCUGGGCCUGCAAGCCUCUGGAGGAUCCUCCACCUUGAGGUUCCAGAGGCAUCAGCAGCUUCAAAUCACUGUUUGCUGCUUUGUAAGGGCAUUUUAACAGCUGCUCUCUUAAUCUGAUGAAUUUGUCUAACAGAAACCUUUGUCAUUAUGCCUUUAUCUGUACAAACCCAUCUUUGUUCUGAAUCAGUAUAAUAAUGCUUCAGUUUUUGUUAAAUAUCUAAUGUUUUCAUACCUUGUCAUACGGCACUACACUAUCUGAUGAUUUUUGUCAGCAGGGAUCCUUUCUCUUCCCAUAUUGCUUGAAACUUGUGGCCUACUUAAUAAUAUAGAACAUCCUUCUUCAAUAGAUUUCCUUAGAUUGAGCUCAUCAGAUAAAUGAAUCAACCAGCUCUCUGAAAUGAAUUACAGUGAUUCAUAGAGCCCUCACACACAAUACCAUCUACAAAUUUAAUAGCACAACAAAAAAAUGUUAUCUUUAUGACACUUAAAUCCAACUUGCAUAAUAAUUUGGAACACAGUGUAGGCCUAUAUCUGAACCAUGUCUUUAAAACAUUAUAUUUAUCUCUAAGUAGUCUUAGAAAAAGUCAUAUUUUGUCAUUACUGCACAAAUGUUUUGCUAAUUUAAUUUGAUUUUGUGAAUCAAAAUGAACAGCUUCAUUCGACACUAUAAAACAGAAGUUCAGCUGGUAGUUCAACAGGGAGCUAAAUGGACUCAGUGCUUUGAAAAGUGGUUUGUUUUGUGUGACUGACAUUAUUUUUAGAUUGUUAGUUAUGCAUAUAAUCAGCAGAGGAAACCUGGCCUUGUCAGGUCUGAGCAGCUUCUGCUGAGCUGGAUCACAGACAGACGUUCAGGCCGUCUGUGACUGUCUGGCGACUGCCUGCCAGUAAUCUGCCAGUGUCUGCUGUACAGUCAGGUAAUAUUUUAACAAACGUGGAAAAAAAAAUACCAUAGUAGUUUUAAAGAUGCUUGUAAUGAUGAAUGUUUUGUUCAUGGAACCCGUAUGAUGUUGGGACUCUUGUUUGUGUGAACAACCUGGUUAGCUGACAGCCUGUCGGUGACGGUGAACCCACAUGGGGCCCGACGGCAGCAGCAGGUGAUAAAGCCCUUUGUGACGCGCAUGAGACGUGACCAAAACAAA